UAAAAGCCAGCAUCCAACUCUAAUUCGCCCUCCAACCUUCUGACAGUCUCUCACUCACAAAAACAAAGGAUAUACUCGGGAAAAUCGAGUCUUGACUCUUGGGUUUUGGCUGAUAAGCUGAUGAUCGCUGACGUAAGGCAAGGAACUCAGGCGGUGGGCCGAAUGGUUCCCCACGAGUUGUUGUCUUAGUCUACAGGUAUAGCUGUCCAAAACCUCCGUACACGCGAUCCAUCUCCGGCCACAUUUCUAAUCUCUCACUCGCUACGGACGCUGUGCAUCAACAGACUAUCUAAUGCCUUAUUGACCUUGACUUUGACUGCGUCCGCUUUUGUGUUUAUAUCAAUGACAUAGGACUCCUAACUCGCCUCAUUUAGUUUCUGGCCAUGAGACUAGCCGCUUAUGCUGGGGCCUCUGCGGCUCUGGCUACGGCCGUUGUCCUGAAAGCGCUUCACCAGAGGGUUAAUUUCUACGCCGCUUGCGUAUACCUUUCUCAGAGCAGCGCGAAUCUCAUGAUACUUACAAACUUGUGUCUUCUCGUCGUCGGGUUCCUCUUGUUCUGGCUUCAACGUCUCCUGUACGGACCCUUGCGGCCGAUUGAGACCGAACAGCUUUACGAAAAGGCAUGGUUUGCGGUCUGGGGGUGGAUUGGUGAAGGCCGCGUCGAGUUCCUGGAGCAGCAACCCCCGGCCAAUCCGCACUUGUUUCACACCCGGCUGGCGAUUUCCCUCGUACUGGCAGUUCUGUUUGAUUCACUCAUGCUGAAAUACUGCAUAACGACCGUUCUUGAACAAGCGCGACCGGAUAUGAUGGUUAUGUUCGGGUUUGAGUUUGCCGUCCUUACCAUCCUUUCGAGCUCGACCGCCGCCAGGUACACCAUCUCACUAGUUGAGCUAUACAUAACACGGCAGCAGAUAAAGGCCAAGGUUGAAGAGCGCCGCCGGGAAAUUCGUGCCGCCAGAGAAGAAGCUCUACGCCAAAACGCCCAGACCGGAGAGACGCCUCCAGCUGCCGAUCUUCCGGACGAGAAUGAUAUCGACGAGAUGGAACUUGAUGUUCCAGGCUGGGAGGAGAAGGGUCGUUGGAUCUUCUACCUCGAUUUACUCACCGAUUUCUUCAAGUUGACGGUCUACUUGAGUUUCUUCGCCAUCCUUUUCAUGUUUUACGGCCUGCCUAUCCAUAUCCUUCGCGACGUGGUCGUCACUAUCCGUUCUUUCGGCCGACGGAUAAUGGAUUUCGUCCGCUACCGCAAUGCGACCCGGGACAUGAAUGAGCGCUACCCGGAUGCCACCCCUGAGGAGGUAGCAAGAGAAGAUGUAUGUAUCAUUUGUCGUGAAGAGAUGGCUCAUUGGCAGGAGCCUGCGGGCGCUGGUGAGGGCGGGGCAGCACCUGCUCAGCCAAGGCCUCGGAUUCCCGAAAGGUUACGUCCAAAGAAACUCCCGUGCGGUCACAUCUUACACUUUUCUUGCCUUCGGAGUUGGUUAGAAAGACAGCAGAAUUGUCCCACCUGCCGACGCCCGGUCAUGGCGCCUCCGCGUGACCGCGAUCACCCUCCCGGAAAUAUCAACCUUGGUCAAGGCAACGGUGCCGCCGGUCCGCAACCAAAUGUGCCGGCUGGCAAUCAGCCUUUUGGCCAGAACGGACCGGCUGAUAACCUACCGAGAGCCCGCAUAUUCCAAUUUGGACCAUUCCGGAUUGGUUUUGGAGCUGGUCGGGGCGAUCUCUUCCGCAAUUUUCACCAACAAAUUCAUCAGGGCAAUGUCCCGGCGCAACCGGCGAAUAUCGCAAUCCCGCCCGGUGCAAGGCAGAUUGGUUUCGGGCUCGGUUUCGGACGACCAAUCCCAGCGCCAGUGCCCCAAGCUCUCCCGACAAACACGCCGUCGAACUUUGUGCAGAUGCAGAAUCAGCUUCACCAGAUGGAGCUGCAGAUAAUGCAGGAAAUCAACAACCUCCGUGUUACUGCCGAACAGUUGCAUCAUGUGCGACUGCUUCAGGCGGAGCUACAAAGACUUCGCAAUCCGCCUGCAGCUUCCAGCGACCCGAACACCACCAUAUCCCCAGCAUCUACUUUCCAACCUUCUUCACCUUUGUCGGCUACAUUACGUCGGCAAUUCAGCUCGAAUCCUCAAGCCUCGGCCAUUCCAUCCGGCGAUUCUCGACUCCCAGAGGGCCUUAGCCUCCCGGAAGGCUGGUCUCUCAUUCCCCUUCAAUCGGCCGGACAGGGUCCAAGCGGUAUCUCGAGUCCAAUUCCUACAGCUGCUCCAGAACCUACCCCCACGGUGCAAGUGCGUGAGGAUCCCCCUGUCACUGAAAACUCGGCGCCGGCAGCGAGUAUGAAUGGGGAAAGCUCGGGUACAGUUGAUGCAGCCAGAUCCACUACCUCCUCGCUGCCUGACUGGGGUUCGGAAACUCCGACGACAGCAACGCAUUCGUAUAUCGAAUCAUCGUCUCGGAAUUCGGGCAAAGAGGUCUUUGGGGAGCCGUCAGAAAAGAAGGAAUCGUCUGCAUGGGAUAAUGAAGCCACAAAUGCGGACGAAUCGCCAGAAUCUUCCUCCUCGAAGGGCAAGGCCCGCGUGGUGACAGUUGAGGAUGCUGCGGACGAGGAGGCUUGAAAACCUGACUGCCUAUCCCACUAACUGUCUUGAUAUCUCUUCAUGGUGCAUAUUCCUCUGUAAUGUUGUUUUAUUGGCGUUCUUGAGCGAUUCUGAAUCAUACCCGGGUUUGUUGUGAGUAUAUACCAUCAUAUCGCAGCGCUUCUCAUGUGCUAAGUACUUGAUACUUCCCUCUCCACUACGUUGUCUGAUGAUCUUAAAUUCUAUUUCUAAGCCUUACCAUGGAACGCUACAGAACCUGAAUGUCUCGUCCUGUCUUUGUACAUAACCUACCUUCUACGUGCUGAAGACAUCGGUCUGCUCGUCCCAAGUGUUGCACUCUUGUAUACUGAAGUGUGGCACCUCUGGACAUGGAAGUUCUAUCCGCUAAGUGAGAGAUUAUCUCAAAAGCAUUGCAAUGCUGGGAAUAACAC